UGGUUAUAUUCCAGUUGCCUCUGGGGCGACAGCUCGGACAAGGACCUACUUCCCUGGAUCUUACAUCCAGACUUAGGUCAGUAGUCUCGGGGGAGGAGAGCCGCUUCAGGUGGGGUAAUCUCUGAGCUGAAAUUGGGGAGCUUUAAUAUGUUUAAAGAGCAAAUGGAAUGACGACCAACGAUCAGCCCAGCGGUUGCCAAGGAGCUAAAGAAGAUCUCGCUUUGACGUCAGAAUUCUAAGGAAAAGAAGGAAGGGGAAGGAGACACCGACGGCUGUUGGGGAACGGUGCUUCCUAGCCCCUAGGGCUGAAGGAAAGGACCCCGAAUCCGUUUUCGCAUUCAGUGGCUGGUAGAAGACCCAGGAGGACCGAGGUCGGCCGGACCCCGGCUGGGGGCGGAGCCACAGCGGGAGAGGCGGGGCUACAGCGGAAAAGGACUACGGAAGCCGAGCAGGCACCGGUUGUUCCGCCGCGGAAGUGUCCGUACGCCGGCUGUGGGAAGGCAGCCAGAGACCUCUCGCGAUCCGGCAGUCUCCAGUGCGCUCUUGGCCACAGCCGACCUUCUGCUGUUGCCGCAGCUCCCGUAGCGAAGACGCGCUUCCUGAGUUGUGCAGCAACUUCUGUUGGGCAGUGGUGUGAGAGACCUGCCGCCGCGUGUCGUCGGUGCCUCCCUGUGUUUGGUGUGCGCACCUAGCGGGUAGAGCGCUUGCCCCGGCUGGUCCGGGGCUCCAGGCAUUGUACCCACGGCGACUCCGCCUGACGCGCGGACUGGCCUGCAGCCCGCGUCCCCGGCGGACGGCGUCAUGAGAAGCCUGCCGUACUUCUGCCGGGGCCAAGUAGUGCGGGGCUUCGGCCGCGGCUCCAAGCAGCUGGGCAUCCCCACAGCCAAUUUUCCUGAACAAAUAGUAGAUAAUCUUCCAGCUGACGUAUCCACUGGCAUUUAUUAUGGUUGGGCCAGUGUUGGAAGUGGAGAUGUUCAUAAGAUGGUGGUAAGCAUAGGAUGGAACCCAUACUACAAGAAUAUGAAAAAGUCUAUGGAAACUCACAUCAUCCAUACCUUUGAAGAGGACUUCUAUGGGGAAAUCCUCAAUGUUGCCAUUGUUGGCUACCUCAGACCAGAAAAGAACUUUGAUUCUUUAGAGUCACUUAUUUCAGCAAUUCAAGGUGAUAUUGAAGAAGCUAAGAAGCGACUAGAUUUACCAGAACAUUUGAAACUCAAAGAUGACAAUUUCUUCCAGGUUUCUAAAAGCAAAAUAAUGAAUGGCCACUGAUGAAAAAUUAUUUAUUCAUUUCACUGUUUAUAAUUGUGCAGUCUUGCUUAUAUUUUAAAAAUCAAACAUUUUCCUAUAGCUGUAAAUUAGUUUAAACAAUAUUAGGUAGUUACCCCAUUAUGCUUCGGCUGUUCAAACCAUCAUGCUAUCAUACUAAAAAGAAUCAUUUAAAAAUAAAUAUUGUUUUUUAUGUAAUAUGUUGUAAUAUUUUCUGAAUCACUAGAAAGAUAUUAAGUGUCUUGUAAUGGAAAUAAAAUGUAUAUAAGCCUGGGUUAAGCAAGUCACUAAUUUGGGAGGAGAACUGUAAUUCUCAUGGUAAAAUAUAACCAUGUAUAUAGCAUAUGUUACUAAAUAGAAGGCUUAUUAAAGUAAUGCAUUAAACAGAAGUUUGAUAAUUUACUAUGAAUGGGAAGAAAAUACAGACUGUAACUUUGAUAUUUUGUGCAUCCCUAUAUAUUACAGAGCUGAACACUUGUGAAAUUUUGUUUUUCUCAUUUCUCUUCUGAGGUCAAUUUAUUCUGUCUCCAUUUCUUGUGUAGUGCUGCCUCAAGUUUAAGUGGCCUAGAUUCCCUCUGCUUUUGAGUUUCUCUAGACAGUAAAAUGAAUGUCUUUCGUUCUAUACAAUCUGGUUUUUGUGUUGGUCUUUCAAGAGUAUAUAAUUUUGUUUUUCAACAUUUUUCUUGACAUUGGUUUUCUCUUUAAACAAUUUCCAGCAUCAGUUUUUUUUUUUUCCAUUCAGAAUAUCUAUCCUAAAAUUCUGUCCAUAAGAGAUCGCAUUGGUCUGUACCAUUCCAUUUCAUCACUAAUCAGGAUGAUUAGGUGCAUAUCUGUAUUGCAUCUUUAGAAAAAACAACAGACUCCAUCUUUAGGCAUCUUCAGGAUAUAAGUGAAUAUGUAGCCGUCCCUUUGUAUUUACCAAUUUCUUAACACAAAAUUUUUAUUUUUCUCCCAGGGAAACAAAGAGCCAAUUAAACUAUGAAAUACUUAGAAGGUUAUUAAUUUUAAAUGUGAUUAUAUGUUCCAGAGCAAAUCUAAACUGUCUUAGCUGUGUACGCACAAUAUGCUUUAAUGUUAACCUAAAAAGCUACGUUGAGGGAAUGGUGUAAAUAAAAUUUUUAUUAAAUAAUA